GGGAGUUGAAUGAUCAAUCUCAUCACAUCCAGAACUUCCUCUUUUCCCUUUCUUCAAUUUACCGCAAAAGGAGAACCUUGUAAUUUAGGAGCCAAAAUGGCUUGCCAUCUCCGAUCGAUCAGCAUGCCCACAACUCCCCAUUCCGUCGUGCUCAGAGUUGAAGACGAGCUACAGAAGCUAAGAGCUUCCGCAGCUUCACUCUCUUUAACAGCGCAUAUUAGAUUAUAUGAAUCCGUCGAGGAGCUUCUUUUAUUGCCAAGCAACCAAAAAGGUCUCUCCCACUCGCUACAAAAGAAAUGGGUGGAGAGAGAACUAGAGGAGUCCGUCGCAUUGCUCGACAUCUGUAGCACAGCGCGGGAAAACUUGGCUGCAUUGAAAGUGCAUAUUCAGGAACUCCAUUUGGCGCUUCGAAGAGGAAAAGAUGCGGCUAUUGAAAGCAAAGUGCAAGCUUAUGUUCGUUCGGCAAAGAAGGCUAAUAAGGAUAUGAAGAAGCAGCGUGGAGCCAUUUGUCGCAUCAAAGAGGAUCAAGAUCAGUCAAAGACAAUCAGGCUAUUGGUCGAAGCAAGAGAGGUCACAAUCUCUUUCCUCCAACGUGCUUUGUCGCUUCUGUCGAAACAAAUGGUCGAGCCCAAGAAUAGCAAGUGGUCUAUUAUCUCAAAGACAUUUCACAAGCGGCGAGUGUCAUGUGAGGAGGAGCAAAAGGAUGAUGCCUUAUUCUUUGGUUCUUGUUCUAUCAAGAAUUUGGAUGACAACGGGACUUUGAAGGCGCGGAAGCAAUUGCAUACAUUGGAGGCCUUCAUCGAAGGUCUUGAGAAUGGAUUAGAGUGCUUAUUUAGGCAACUGAUCCAAAAUAGAGUCUCUCUUCUGAAUAUCUGCAGCUCAUAAAUAGUCUUUAAGGCAUUGUACUUCUAGUGCCAACGAUUUGGAAUCCGCCUUUUAAAGGAUUCGCAGAUCAAUACAUCUCUUCCCCUCUUGUAAAACUGGAAUGUGUAGCUACCUGUUCCAGUUGAAACACAUUUAGUUUUUCACAUGUGCACGCUCUUAUUAUGAUUUUCUGCGUUUUUUUUUUCCGCCUGACUUUGCUGUGGAAAUCUUGAAGAUACAUUUUCUUUUAUCGCAGUAAACAAAUUUCAGUUCCAA